GUGCGUGGUAGGGUGAGGGCUAUAAGAUUCUGAGCACCGCGGUAGAGAAGUAUAAUCUGCUUGUAGGGACCACAACCAGCGGUCAACUAUGGAGCAGUGGUGCACCUGCUACCGGUGCCACGUCAUGAGGGUGUCUGUGCAUAAUUUACAGAAUGAAGGUAAUGAGUUGCCGUUCCCGACGACGCCACCGGGGACUCCACCCAGGUAUCCAUGGCACAGGCCAGAAACGCCACCAUCCUGGGUGGAGUUGGGCUCUCCACCAAGGUCCAGGUCGCCGACGCCGCAACCUAGGGCGCAGUCAACCCCAGUGGCCAGGUCGCCAACACCUCCACCGGAGGUCAGGGUGCCGACAGCUCCACCAGUGGCCAGGUCGCCAACACCUCCACCGGAGGUCAGGGUGCCGACAGCUCCACCAGAGGCCAGGGCGUCGACACCACCACCCGGCCCAGAGGGAAGGCAGCGACGAAGGCGUCAUCGCCGCCAAGCUGCCUUCAUUUUAAAUAUUAAUAUUAAUUUUUAAUAAAAGUUCAAUUUUUUGAUAUAUCCGUAUACAUUCUUUUACGCAUGCGCGAAUGGGUUGGAGUAAAUGUAAGAGUGGGGUGUGCGAAAGGUAGGAGUGGGGGUAAAAGUUCUAGUGCGCAUGCGCGAGCAAAAUUUCGGGUAUAUAUUCGGGAUCGCGAGCGAAUUUAGUCAUUCUCUCUUCUGUUCGCAGGUGUUCCAGCAGCAGCAGUCUCCCUUGCCAUUUACUAACUGUCUUUUUUU